AUGUCCAGCAAAUCUAAAACCAAGAAGACUGCAAAAAAGAGGGCUCAAAGAGCCACCUCCAACGUCUUUGCUAUGUUUGAACAGUCUCAAAUCCAGGAAUUCAAAGAGGCGUUCAACAUGAUUGACCAGAAUCGCGACGGGUUUAUCGAUGCCGACGAUCUGAAGGAUAUGUUCGCUUCUCUCGGCAAAGACGUUAAAGAUGACUACGUGGAAGAUAUGCUUAGCGAAGCGAGUGGGGCCAUCAAUUUUACAAUGUUUUUGACAUUAUUUGGCGAAAAAAUGAACGGAACAGACCCUGAAGAUGUCAUAAGAAACGCGUUCGCGUGCUUUGAUGAAGAAGGGAGUGGGAAAGUGGACGAAGAUAAAUUGGUGAAUUUGCUUCAGUCUGUGGGCGAUCGGUGAGUUGUUAAUAUCAUCCGUGAUGUUUUGGUCCUUGAGACAUCUUAAGUUCAAACCUGGGCACUUUUCACAAGUGUGACUCGAAGGCACUAAAGUUAUGCUUCACUGGUAAUUUCUUGUUUCAUUGCGCGGAGUUUUAAAGUAUGAAACAACAACCCUUAGUUUGACCUAGUUUGUGAACUGACCCACGGCUAAAUCUUUAAGUAGACGGGUUGUAGUUGCUUUUCUCUUAAAACUCAGCGUGAGUUUUAUUGCUUGAAUAAAAGGCCUCUUUGUGCCGAAAUUAUAAUUCAUAUCCUUUCGAAUUCUCCGAAAGACCUUUUGCUCCGCAUGUUGUGUACAUUUUAUGCACAGUUAAUGAUUGUUGAUCGAUUGCACAGUUAAAAAUUGCUCAGCGGGUUAUCAGAAAACGGGUCUGCCAAUUCACUGAUCCGUUAUCGUUGGCAAAAUAAAGAUAAACCGUACUUAUAAACCAAGAAUUUUCACAUUUUCGAAGCAGAUGUUAAGAUUGUUAAGAACUGGAUACAUUCCAAGUGUGCUGUAUACAAAAAUAUUCACACUCCGGUUAAUUACACCGCAACAUUCCAUUACGUCCGCUGUUCGAAUUUCCCGUUUCUGUCCGUCCUUUUUUUAAGCGAAAUUACUAUAACAGUUCAUUUUAACGUUAAUUUUAACUAGAAUGUUGUGGUUUACUGUGCCGGUUUUUAAUAAACUUGGAACAAGUUGUUUGCUUUCUGACGCUUUCUUAUCGCGGUUUGAUCAACAAUGUCCAAUAUCCAUUGAAACAUACAAUUAGCAUGUCUGUAACAACAGAAUUCUUUUCAUGUGUACAUGAGAGCAGUAUCGAUCGUAUCGUUUGUGAAAGCCCUCGCCCUCCAUAAUUGUCAUAUCUUUAAAAAGACAGACAUGACAACUAAUCAGAGACUUCACAGACUCAAAGCAAGGACUUGACGAACUCCUUGUCGCGAAAGGGAAUAAAAAGAACUCUGUCCGUUUGCCGCAUCCUUAAAUCCGAUGAGUAGUUUGGGGGGUAAUGUAGUUUUUUGGACCGAAUGUAAUUAGAUGUUCUGCAUAGCAGUUCUCUGGAAAAGUAAAAAGCAAGAUUGGCAGUUAAUUAACCUUUAGUCUGUCAGUAUUGACCUAUUCAAGAUUGCCCAUUUUAAAACUUAGCCAUGAUCUUAUCCCACAGAACAAACAUUAUUGAUCAAGGCCACUUCCAAAUUUCACUGUUCCAUAGCUUCAGAGGUUAUUGUUACCUCUUACAUAUAUUUGCAUAAAAGUAAUGCACCAGUCAAUUGAAGCCACUGCCCCCAGCCCCUGGGACAUAGCGGGGGAAUAACGAGUACAUAAACAUGGAAUUGCACUUUUGUAAUGCUUCUGGGAGGAUGGGGGCAGUUAUGAUUUGUCAAAUUAGCGGGGAUUUUUUCGUGAGGCUGUAACAGCCAUGACAGCAGGACUGGGCCAGAGCAGACAAGCGCUAUUGUCAUUGUUGCAACUACUUAAUGCCGCAAUCACUUUGGCAUCUAACACUCUGUGAUCAUGUAAAUGAAUUUAGUCUAUUAUUGGUAGUUUAAUAGCCUCUAAUAAAUUGGAGCAUUGUUUAAUAUGUUCUAAGGUGAUUGCCAUAGGGAAAUUAGGGAUUGAGAAGAGGGUGGGUGGUAGGGCAUGUGGAUGACGCUGAUGCCUCCAUUCCAGGCAUGACCUUGUUAACAGAUGAACAGAAUGGCUGAUUGGAGUGUUGAAGCUUUGUCCAGGGGGCCUUUCCCUCCCCAACCGCCCCCCCCCCGCCUGUCAAUUUGAGUAUUUCAACUGAUUACUUUUCAGAACCUUCGAAACUACCCCAUACCUCUAAGCUAUUGCACAUGGCAGGUACAAAAUGCAGUCACAGGUCACAAGUGCAGGUUAGAGUACCGGUCACUGUGCUACAAAAAAUAAAGAACGGUAAAAGUGUCUCCUAGCGCAAAUCACAAUCCAGUUUUAACUAAGGGGAAACUACUUAUAUCAGUUAUUUAUUGAUAGAGCAGUGACCAGCAGUUGUGACCUGUCUUUUGUCCUGUCAUAAUGCACCUCUGCUAAAAAUCUUCAUUAUUUUUAAACUAAGUGCUGUGGCUAACCAUUUUCCUUGUUUCGUUCAACAGGUUUACAGAUACAGAAAUCGAUGAGAUGUUACAUGGAGCACCUGUUGAUUCCAAGGGCCUCUUUGAUUAUGUGAAAUUCACCAAAAUUAUCAAGCACGGAAAGGAUGAUGAUUGA